GCUGUAAACACGACUGACGCUCAGCUGCGUAGAUGAAGCAUCCUCAGAGCAUCCAAGACCCCAAGACCGUGCAGGCUGCCUUUGUUUAUUUCACGACGGGACUGCUGUCCCUGUUUCUGCUACUGCGGCUGGAUAAAAUAACUGACCCUCACCUCGACUCUCAUAUGCAGUCUCCAACACCAACACGGCGGUGGUGUGCUUGUUCUACUAACUGCCAUGGCUAGAAACACGGACACCCCAUCUCCUUAUCCUUACCAUGGUGAACCAAUCAAGUUUGACCCAAACUUCAGAGGGCCUGUUCAGAACAGGAAGUGCACUGAUGUGGUUUGCUGCAUUAUCUUUCUCAUUGUUAUCCUGGGCUACAUCGCCCUGGGUACUGUCGCCUGGUUCCACGGAGACCCCAGGAAAAUCAUCUCUCCAACUGACAGCCAGGGUCAGUUUUGUGGCCAGAAGGACACCUCGAAUUCAAAUAAAAACAUAUUAUUCUACUUCAACAUGCUGAAAUGUGCCAGUCCUGCAGUUUUAAUUAACCUCCAGUGCCCUACAACUCAGCUCUGUGUCUCCAAGUGCCCUGACAGAUUUGCCACGCUAUCGAACGUUUCAGCUGACAACAGCUGGGAAUAUUACAGGCAAUUCUGCAAGCCUGGCUUUGAGUUUGGAAGUAAGUCAGUUGCAGAGGUCAUUCGAGAUGAAGAUUGCCCUCUAAUGCUUGUGCCAAGCAAACCAAUACUACAGCGGUGCUUUCCUGAGUUCACAUCAAAGGAGGGAUUAUUAACUGUUGCAAAUCAGACCACCUUCAGAGACCAUCACAACAACACGUGGAGUGUCAGCGAUCUCAGAGAUGCUGCAAUGGGAAUAGCCAGGCUGCUGAAUGCCAAAGAAAUUGGCAUAAAGAUCUUGGAGGAUUAUGCAAAUUCCUGGGUGUGGAUAUUAAUAGGCCUGGGAAUGACCAUGGUGUUCAGUCUGAGCUUCAUCCUUCUGAUGCGCUACAUUGCUUGUGUGAUACUGUGGCUCAUGAUUUGUGGUAUCAUCAUUGCAGCCGGCUAUGGUGGCUGGCGGUGUUACAAAGAGUAUGUUCUUCUGUUGGAUAAACCAGAUACAAACGUCGCCAUCUCUGAUAUUGGCUUCCAGACAGAUCUCAGCAUUUACCUUGAGAUGAGCCAGACGUGGCUCGUUUUGAUGAUCGUGCUUAUUUUGAUUGUGGUCGUCAUCGUUCUUAUGCUGAUUUUUCUGAGAAAGAAUCUAAGCAUCGCUUUUGCACUAAUGAAGGAAGGAAGCAGGGCCAUCUUUUACAUCAUAUGUACUCUCUUCUACCCGAUCGUCACCUUUUUUCUUCUGGCCAUCUGUAUAGCCUACUCUGCUGUCACAGCAGUCUUCUUGGCCUCUUCAGGUAACGCCAUCUACAAGGUGACAUCCCCUGAUGAUAAGUGCAUUCACAGAAACCUCACGUGCAGUCCAAAGACCUUCAAUCAGACCAACAUAGCCAAAGAGUGCCCUGGAGCACAGUGCAUGUUCGCAUUCUACGGUGGAGAGACUGUAUACCACAACUACAUCGUCCUCCUCCAUGUUUGUAACCUGUUUGUGUUCCUCUGGCUGGUCAACUUUGUCCUGGCCUUGGGAAAGUGCACUCUGGCAGGGGCAUUUGCCUCCUACUACUGGGCCAAGAGGAAGCCGAAAGACAUCCCCACCUGCCCUGUUUACGCUUCGUUCAGCCGAGCCAUGCGUUACCACACGGGUUCUCUAGCCUUUGGCUCUCUACUCCUUGCUAUGGUGCAGAUGAUCCGAAUUGUUCUCGAGAACCUUCAUCUCAAAUUGAAACGUUCUCAAAGUUGUAUGAGUCGGUUCCUGCUUCACUGCCUCAAGUGCUGCUUCUGGUGCCUGGAAAGGUUCAUCAAGUUUCUUAACACAAAUGCAUACAUUAUGAUAGCAAUAUACGGGCACAGCUUUUGCAAAUCUUCCAGGGACGCUUUUGAUCUCUUGAUGAGGAAUAUUUUGCGGGUGGUUGUCUUAGAUAACCUCAUCACCUUUCUGCUGUUCAUAGGAAAACUGGUCAUUUCAGGAGGAAUUGGGGUCCUUGCAUUUCUCUUCUUCUCCAAAAGAAUACCGAUUGUUCAAGAUAUGGUACCUCAACUAAACUUCAAUUGGGUCCCCCUUCUGACGCUGAUAAUUGGGUCGUUCAUGAUCACAAGUGGCUUUUUUAAUGUUUAUGCCAUGUGUGUGGACACGCUGUUCCUAUGCUUUUUGUGCGAUCUGGAGGUGAACAACGGCUCGCCGAGCAAGCCCUACCACAUGACCCCAAACCUGAUGAAGAUCUUCCAGAAAAGAACCAUUGUAGAAGUACUGGAAAGACCGUCGACGCCACUGCGCGUAGCUACAAGAAGAAGAAAAUGAGGCGGUAAACUGUCAAAUGUCAGUUUAACUGGCAUGAGCUUUUCUAAAAAAAAAAAAAAAAAAAAAGAAAUAAUUUGAUUCAGACUCUGCAAGUUUACACCAAGUGUAAACCCUUUAAAUAGAUGGCUGUCCUUGGCCGCCUGCUGUCAAAUUAUUAUUAAUAAUCGUAUUAUUUACAGUUGCAGUCAAGUUUCACCAAAGGUUUCUUGUGGAACAACACAUUUCUUUAUUGGGACUGCAGUAACCUCAGCUUUUGUUGCACUUUAAGCUCCUGUAGUUUCCAGUUUUUGCCAUGUGAGGGAGCCAGUCAUUUCUACAUGCCGUAUUCUGUAUGUACUACUGGUGAACGAUAAAUGCACUGCUGACCUUAUAGCUCAAAAUAUGUCAUAAUAUUCUCCGAAGAAUGUGUGAGGUGACGUUUUUAUAAAUGGCAUUGUUUACAUUUUUGAUGAUUGUUUUAUCUUGUCCUAUUUUAUUGCUUUUUUUCCAGGUGCUGAUAUGUAGGUAUGCAAAUGUGUGAACUAGAGGAGAAAUAUAUUAAAGUUAAUGAAUGUUAACUAUUAUGGGCUGUAGAAGACGCUAGAAAUGAUUAAAGAUUGCAUAAAGGCUUUUUUUUUUUUGAGGAGACGUGGCUUUUCUCAGCUAAACUGACAUCCUUGCCAAACUGAUGCCACUUUAAAAAUCAGCCGAAUGCUGUAAGGCGCUUGCAGUACAACCGACCCUUUUGUAUUGCGACUGCAGUAAAUUAUAUCUCAAACUGUGAAUAUUUUACACAACUUUUCAAAGUCUGAAACUGUUCUUUCACUGCAUCCUAAAAGGAGCUGCUGACUUACUCUUGUAGGAGUUCUGAGCCCAGUUCAAAGCAGUUUCCUCCCACCUAUGUGCUAGAUGUAGUUGGAAGUUUGUUCUUUAACUGUGUUUGAUUGUAAAACCCAGUAAGAUGCAUCUUUUUAUGUCUUCACCCUUUGAGACUAAUUCUGGAGAAGAGAAUAAGAUGUAAAGUUUUAUGUCCGUUUUUUUUUUUUUUUUUUUUUUGGAAAAACGUCGAAUAAAUGAGCAUCUUAGCUGUCCUCUGAGUCUCAAAACACUCUGUUCUGCUUAAUUUCUUUCUUAUCCAGGGUGGACUUAUGCAUCUGUUAUUUAAAUGAUUUUAACCUCUCUGACUCUUUAAAGCCAACUCACACUUGUGAGUCUUUGCCUUGAGUGCGUGUGCGUGUGUGUGCAUGUGUGUGCGUGUGUGUGUGUGUGUGUGUGUGUCACACAUGAGAGCCUGCCCUCAUGGUACCUCAGAGUGACAGCACUACCAGACUUUUACACACACCCACGGCAUCCGUUUGAGCUGAACACGCCGGGACAUGAAGCCGUUCAGUAAAGAGCACAACAACAGUUCUUGUGGAUGAGGAACAGGACAAACGAAGCAUGUAGCGCCUCAGUGGGGCAUGGCGCACAUGUGACAUGUUGUCAUUUUCGGUGUUGCGCUGAAUAGCUGCUGCGCUCCCAGUUGAAUCGUACAUCUCUCUUUGUUGUUGUGCGUGUAGCUGGGACUUGGUCUCAUUCCCACCGGGGGGGAAUACUUCAGAUCUGAUAAGUGUUGUAAAACUUUGUUUUUAUAUGCCCUCCGCUCCCUCCCAUGUCUGAAAAUAAGAUUCUUUUGGUCAACCACAGUCUGCAAGUAGUCACAAGUAAAUCCUCCCUGCUAGUAAGAUUGGACUCCGUUUUCUUUCAGAAUCUCUUCAAAAGUAAAAAAAAAAAAAAAAAAA